AUGCUGGAUGUGAUGCCUCUCAAGUUCAGAAACUCGAGCAAGCGUUCGCGGAACGCUAGCAGAGACCAUAGAUACUUCCAAGCACCCGUAAGUAAACUUGACAGCAAAAGACACAGCCACAGAUGGUGGGAACUAAUUGCUGAACCUGUAAUGCGCAAUAGUUGGUCAAACUACUUCUGCAAACAAGGCGGUGGCAAGACUGAGGACGAGAAAUAUGCAAAGGCGAUGUGGAAGGCUAUCGCAUCACCAAACUUCAAGAUUACAGUUACCUGUGCCACGAGCGACAAUGCCGCCUGUAAACAUGGAAGUAUCGCCUAUGCUGAUCCUACACCGGCUAAAAACGACAUGACGAACACCUUGAACUCGAGACACAUGCGUGCGCCGGACGGGGAACGCCCCAGUCGUAAAGGACCUAAAAAGGAAUACUGGUGCGAAGACCACAAGAAUAUCAAAUGGUACGAAGUGGCAGCUCAGCACAUCCUUCAUGAGAUGACCCACUUCGAUUCUGCGGGUAAGCAGGCCGGCUUACCUGAAUACACUGGUAAGGAUGGCGUCACGGCACAUGGAACAGACGAUUGGAAGAAGACCAACUACAUUAAGAACGCCCGGCUUCUAGCAAGUAACUGGCAGAAAGACGAGGCGAAGUGUCAGAAAAACCACGAGAUACCUCCUUACCGAAAUGCCGACAACAUCGCAAUGUGGGCCUUGGGGAAGGAGAUCUAUUUAUGCACGGAUGAGAUUUGGAUUGUGCUAACACUUUGA